CGAAUGGGAACCUAUCUGUGCUUUUUGAAAUCAUUCGUUUGUUCCCAACACCCAGUCCAAAUUCCAAGUGGCACAAAUUACUAGUACUUCACUAUCCCAACGAUUCGACUUACAACCGAUACCAUUACCGAAACCUUCGACCACGAUGAGUCACAAUGGGGCUGGUGUCGGAGCCGGAUCCGGCGGAUCGCCCAUCCCGCCAACCACGGUCAUGUAUUCCCAAUUGCAGCCAUGGAGCCAGGCGGGCGCUCCGCCCUGCAUGGAGCCCGUCAUGGGGCCUUCGAUUCCGUCGAGAGUUGGCACCGCCUACGAGACGCCCACGAAGCACCCGUGGCGCCCGGCUAUGGCCUAUGAGCUAAUCCAGGUGAAGCAUAUGCCCGAGCAGCCGGUGACCAACCAGCUGACCAAGCAGUGCUUCCUGCCCAAGGGCAUGAAGACGGACGGCAUGAUAUUCCCCAACCUGGUCACCGGAUUCGAUCGCAAUCCGCAGCACGCCGCCCGGGCUGCCCUCUACACGCGGUACACCAGCAACGAGUGGUACAACAACAACAUGACCAAGUACUCCGAGUCGAACAUGAAUCGCAACCUCUCGGAGCGCAUGCGGAAUGACGCAGUGCGUCUAAUGCGGGAGACGGACGAGAAGGCCACCUCGGGCCAGAGGGACGCCGGCCGAAGGCUAGGCGAGCGCAUCACUGACCUGACUUUCUGGCGCAACGAGCUGAACGCGGAGCUGGAGAAGCUGAUCGCCGAGAUGUCGGACAUCAAUGAGCUGCAGCGGCAGUGCGGCAAGGCGCUCCUCGACCUGGAGAUACCGCUGCACAUCGCCCAGGAGUGCCUCUUUCACCGUGAGUCGCGCCAGGGCACGGAGAAGGUGCAUGACAUCGUAGAGAAGGCCCUCCUCGUGGAGUCCAACAACUUGAGGAACUCCCGUGACCGCCUGGGCGGCCUGCACGAGAAGAUCUCGAAGCAGGCCCUCGACUGCCGUGGCGCCCAGCAUCUCCUCGAGGACGAUGUGUCGCACAAGGAAUCCUCGCUCGGCAUCGACUCCAUGUGCCACCAGCUGAACAACCACAGCCGCGGCAUCACAUACUACGGCGGCAUCGAGAAGUUCGAUCCCUCGGUCAGCACCCAGGAGUCCUGGGCGCAGGCCAGCAGCGAGCACGUCCGCCGCUCCCAGGCGGAGCGCGCGAAGCUCUCCCAGCUGCGGAGCGAUGCCCAGAGUGUGGUCAACUCGGUGGCCACCACCGUGUGGGACUUCUGGAGCAACACGAACAACGCCUUCGAUCGCCGCUCGCAGGAGAUGGCUGAGGCGAAGAACCGGGUGCAGCUGCACCUGCAGAAGGUCCAACAGGAGCUGUUCGACAUGGAGAAGCAUCUCUUCCUGCUGCAGAAGGCCAUCCAGGACAAGUCCGGGCCGUUAAAAGUGGCCCAGACGCGACUGGAAGCCCGCUCCCACCGCGAGGGCGUCGAGCUGUGCAAGGACCACGCCCAGGACCGCCUUGUCCAAGAGGUGCAGGACAUCCAGGGUGCCGUGGAGACGCUGCACCACAAGCUGAUGGAGGCGGAGGCCACCCACCAGGGCCUACUAAAGACGCGCUGCACCUUGGAGGUAGAUCUGCGCAACAAGGUCAAUGCCCUGUUCAUCGACAGAGAGAAGUGCAUGAGUCUCCGGCGCUCCUUUCCGGUCAGCAAUCUGAUCAAGUACUGAUCCGUAUCCGUAACCGCACGCCGGGCUCUGGACUCUGGACUCCGCACUCCCACUCGCUUUUCCGCCACCUGUUUUCUUAACUUGGCUUUUCUGUGUGUGUCCACUUCAAGAGCCAAACUGCAGUCUCCCGCUGAAGCACAGUUAUCCUUUUUACUGGCACAUAUGAUAUACUAUCAAAUGGAAAAAUAGGUGUACUAACUAUUCGGAAUUAUUAGGAGCAAGAAUAAAAAUAAAUUUUAAAUCUAUAUAUUACAUAAACGGAACUGCUGAUAGAUUACUUUUAAUGGGAAUCACGGUGGACAACCACAAGUUCCACGCCCACGGCAGAUCCAAGAAGAUCGCCCGUCGCAACGUGGCCGUGAAAGUGUGCAACUCUCUGUUCGGCACAAACUUCGCCUACGGCGACACCGCUUAAGACACCAACUCCAA